AUGGUACUCGUCAUGGCUAAUACGACCAAGAUCCGAUGGAAUUAUUGCCGAGUCGUCGGCUGUCACCGCCCAUUGCAAGAAACUGAACCAUCGACCUUACUGCCGAACACUUCUCCCGUCUUCGGGCAUAAACACCCAACGCAGGACUCUAUCCCGGUCCGAUAUUGGGAAUUUCCCCGCACUCUCCCACAUGCCGGCACCACAUCCACGUUGUUUCUGCCAGUCGACAUGCGACUAAUCCCCGGCCAACCACUCAAUCACCCCUGUUCGAUUUCGUUUCCCCACGAUUUCCCCGCGAUAAUACCGCCGAAAAAACCGCCAGCCUGA